AUUUACAAACUACAAUUAAAAGUUCAAUAUUGUUAAAAUACGCUAUAUGGAGAAAAAUAUGGAAAUAUCGUAAAGCUGAUAUGAUUCGUAUAUUAUUUAAAAGUCGUUUUCUUAUAGUCGAAAAAGUUUUAUUAACACAACAAUAUUAUUUAGUAGUUUUUGUCAUUUGUAUUUGUUUUUUGUGGGUUUUGAUUCUAUUAAAAAAUAUCAAAACAAAGCCUCAAUGUCAUUUUGAUACAUUAAAAAUCGUUCCAGCACCUUUAACGGGUACCUUUGUUAACAUUUUAGAAACGGGAGUUCGUAUAGUUUUAGGAGAUCAAACAAGUCCUUCACCCUUACAGGAUACUUAUAAAGAAGAAUUAUUAUCUUCAAUUGUUCCGCUUUUCUAUUGUUUUUCUAUUGGUGUUGUUGUUUUAUCGUCUUUUUAUCAAAAACGUCCUUUAUUAAUCUUAACGUUAAUUUUUUGGAUAAGUUUAAGUACACUUUUUCGUAUUUCUCAAGCUUCUUACUUUACUAAAUUUGACGCUGAAGAACUUUUAUGCUACUUCACAAGACAAUCUAUCCUAAUUCAGCAACAAGAAGCCAAUGAAGAACCGACUUUUUUUACACUUUCUUCUUCGCAAAAAACCCCCCUUGAAAAUUUUCAACAGCACCUUUUAAGAUAUUAUUUUGUUUCUGAAAAUAAAUAUCUCCAUGUCGCUUUAUUAUUUUGUUGUAUAUCACUUAUUAUUCAUAUAUCUCCUUCUUUACAACGCCUUAUUGCUAUACAUUUUGAAGAAUUUUACUACAAUUCUCAAUCAUUUUCAUUUGUUUGUAAAACACCUAUUCAAGCUUUGUGUAUUGAUUUUUUCGUUUCCAUGUUUUGUUUAUACAUCACAUUAACUGUUUAUAAAAUUCCAAUGCUAAGUAUCCUGAUAACAAGUACGCAAGCUCAAGCCGUUCAAUACUUUACGCAUCGAUUUCCUUGUUUUACUCCUUAUGCAAUUUUUCAAAAAAAUAAACAAAUGAAUUUCUCUGAAACUCUUUAUAUUUGGAAUAAUGCAAGAUACAACUUCUUUAAAACAGUCAAUAGACAUAUUAAUUUAGUACAAAAACCGGCUAACGUUUUUUACAUUGCAUUCUUCUUAUUAUUAACGUCCAUUUUACUUUUUUCGAGCGAUACAAGUUUUUUCCUAUAUAAUGAAUACGGUUUAGCCAUUUCGCUUGCAGCCUUAGCUACUUCUUGUAUUUUACUUGCUUAUAUUCACGAAGCUGAAAAAGCUUUUAAGAUAAUACACGAAGACCAAGAAACAUUAUUCUGGGACUGGUGGACUACCGCUAAUGAGAUAUCUAUCGAGAAAAAUUUGUUAACAAGACCAUUACCGGUUUAUCAGAAAAUGUACCCAACACUUUCAUGUGCUGGAGUACCAUUACGCAAAAAUUCGUUAUAUAUUGCAAUUAUAUUGCUUUUGUGGAUUUGGGGUAAAAUAUUUUGUGCUUCUUAUACGUGUCAUAAACAACAUAUGAUGCAUUCGACUGAGCAUAUUUGAUGUACU